AUGAGGUCUAAAUUUCCAUGUAGUGUUUGUGGAACGAAGUUGGCGAAUUCGGGUUUUGUAAAUCCUGGUUCACAUGAAAAGUGCCUUUGUAGGCCCUAUUAUGCGCGACAAAUACAUGCGUGUUUACAAACUAUCGGUGUUCAUGUAGAAACACAAACUGAAUUUACAGCAGUGGCUGGAGGAGGUAUGUAGAUAUGCAAUUUUUAUUUAUUUGCAAUCGUUUCUCCAUGUAUUGAAGUACAAAUACCAUAUAUAAAACAUUAAGUAUAAAAACCUCUAUUUUUUGACAGAAACUACUACAAGUAGUCAAAGUUCAAAUUCCUACCUCACUGUUUCUGGUUAGUGGUUUAUUAAUUCAGUUUUAAAAUCUAAAAAAACAUAGUUAAUACCGAAUAAACAUAGUAUUUUAGUACAUCCAAGUUUUAUGAAGUCUAAACCCUGCAGCUUUGACCUCGGUUAGUUUUAACUAUGCUCUGAAAGUACAAUUAUUAAUAAGGUCUUCUUGACAAACAUAGCAUCAUUAUAAUAACCAAUUUGGGUAAAAUAUUAAUGUAAAUUAAUUUCUUUUAGGUGCAGAAAUAGUUCAAGAGGUUGAAAACCUUCAACAGGCAUACUUAUCAGAGUAUGCUACUCAGAAAGAUGCACUUCCUGUUUAUGACACAGAAAAGUUUAAAUUAUUUUGUCAUAGCCAUGGUGCCCCCCAUUUAUUUGAUUUUAUUUCUGCUUGUAUGACCAGUUCCCGACAUACAAGAGUGAGAAAACAAUUAAAUGAGAAGCGAACAGUCGCUCUUAUUCUUCAACUUUGUUUUGGCUUAUCACAAAAGUGUUCAUUUUUUCAGGUUGACAAUGGUAUUCUGUUAAGAUUUUCCCAUUGUACUAAUCAACGUUUGAACACCCAGCGUGUAAUUGGUACCAGUACUUGUAGCAUGACUGUUGAUAGAGCUCUUCAGAAAUUUUCAUCUUCUAAUAGAACCAAUGUCAUUAGUGCUUUGGAUGAUGCUAUUAAAAAUAAAAAAUUAGUAUUAAUGAUUGAUGAUUAUACAACUAUACAUUCUACAAGAAGGCCUAAAGAUCUUGAGACCUCCCAAGCUAAUAAUAUGUGUACUAUAUUUUUUAAAGUAUUUCCAGAUAUUAGAGCCAUUACUCGUCCACCACCUCAAUUUAUACACAACAAGGAUGGAAUAAAACCUCAUGACCUUGCCAAUGAAGUAUGUUCAGAGAAGCAAAUGACCAAGCUGAGCUGCACCUUCGCCACUUGUUUGCCAGAACUGACAACUUCUUUUUUUGACCCGCUGUUGGAGCGAAAACGUCUGGAAAGUCAUGAUUAUGGUGCAUCUACUGAUGUAAGUAGUAUGCGGAAGUUUAAAAAUGUAUAUUUAGUUGACUUUUUUAUGCAAGCCUUGAAAUCGAAGAAUGAUUACAUGGAAGCUCUAAAUAGAGUGUUGAACCUAGACAAGUUGAAGGAAUAUUUAUCAAAAUUC